GUUUGUUUAUUCUAAGUGUGAUAACUGUAUAAAUCUUUGAAAAGAAACGCACGUAUAUAGCAAACAUACUGUCUGAUGAUUUAUAUUAUAAGAUAAAUUAUGGCUGAGAAUAGACCAAUAGGUCAAGCACAUAUUGCUUGUGAUGUAACAAUACCACAAGUGCCAAAUUUGGAGGAAAAUGGGCAAAUUCAAGAGUCUUCAAAUAACGUACGAUAUACGUUGCCAAAUAUAAAUCAGAUUGUCAGAACUGCAGAACAUUCUAGACUAUUUACAAGUAACAUAUCCUCUACUAUUCGUCCUCUUAUACAACAAGCGCCUAUAUCGUUUACAUCUUUGUUGACCAUUCCUGGACUCCGACGUCAAGCAGACUGGGUUGCGUCACCAAAUGACAAUUAUAUAAUUAAUCUAGAACAUUCAAGGAAUAACACGAGUUCUUCUGAGGAUCUUAUGCACAAUCAUCAUCGCCAUCACCAUCAUCAUCACCAUCAUUCCCAAAGAACAGCAUCAAAUGAUUUCUCAAAUAAUAUGUCGGAAGCUAUGAAUCAAGUUGUACAAAGUCAAAAUAAUAACAACGAUAAUAUUAAUACCUCAGAAAGCACUGUUAACAAUAACAACAACAACGACAACAACAAUGUCCCGUUCCAUCUACAAAAUGGACCAGUGCUUAGAGAGCUUCAGCGAUAUAUUCCUUUUGUUAUUAUUCUUCUAGCAAAAGGACUGUAUGAUCAUCGAGCUGCUAUAUUCAUGUAUAUUGUGCUGCUCAAUACGUUUAUCCACGCUAAUAGCAAUCUUAAACGCGAGAUCGCCAAAAAUCACAAUCGAAGUUGGUUCUUGCUUAUGCUGAUCCUGUGUUACAUCACAGCUUGCAUCAUGUUCGUUAGUUACAUGCUCGACUUACAUACUUUGAUUCCCUAUGCCGAGCCGCUAACGAUCUGGGACUUGCUUUGUUUUGUCACAGUGAUGGAUUAUUUUUUGAAGCUCAUCACCGUUUUUUGCAAAGUCCUUUUGACUUGUUUACCGGUGCGAUUGCUGGCAUUCCAAAAUCGGGGCAAAUAUUAUCUCAUGUUGGAAGCAACGUCGCAGGUUUGUAGAUGCAUAGCGCCCAUUCAGCCCUGGUUAUACUAUCUGUUUGAGACGUAUCAAGGUUCCGAAAAAAUAAUAGGAAUUAUAUUCUCGGCAAUUUACACCAUGAGCAAAGGAAACGAUAUCUUAUCGCGCUUUAAACUGUUUCGAACCGCUCUUUGGAAAUUCUUCAAAAAUAUGAAGUUGGGAGUAUCGCCGACGAAGGAACAGCUGAUCGCAUCCGGUGGUAUAUGCGCUAUUUGUCAUGAAGAAUAUUCCGUGCCAGUUAGACUUCAUUGCAAGCAUAUUUUCUGCGAGAUGUGCGUCUCAACGUGGCUCGACAGAGAGCGAUCGUGUCCGCUCUGCCGAGCGUCUAUCACGGACGAUCCGAUCUAUCAGGAUGGUCACACGACACAUUUCAUCCAAUUGUACUAAUUCCGUUUGCGGAGAUUAAUUUUUUUUAUACACAGUUUUUUUUUAUAUUGGUAAAUAAAAAUAUAAGAAAUUUGCAUUUUUUAUUGUGAUGAUAGAUGAUUUUUUUUUCUGCUUAAGGUGAUAAAAUAUUACGAAAUUUCGUUUAGCUGAAUAGUUUAGAGUUAAUAUAGUUUUUGCGUUACAUAUAAAAUUUUUAUUUUAAUUUUAUUAUAAAGCACAUGCUCGCUCAUUUAGUUCUUUUUUUUUUUUUUUUAAUUAUGCAUAUGGAAAUUUGUACUGAAAGAGAAGCAUAUAAUACAUUUAGUCUUUUAGUAACAUAUGCUAAAAGAAGAGAGACAGAAAAUGGUCAAAUAUGUGUGUGUAAAAUAUGUGAUAUAUAUAUAAGCAGACAUGUUUGUGCAGCGUGCUUAUACUUAGUAUAAUAUAUCAAAUAAAAGAAUUAUAGUACUUUAAGAUUAUAAUAUAGUGAGAGCUAUGCAUAUUUACCUGAUAUACUUUCUUUAAUAUAUGUAAUAAACAUGGCUCAAGAUCUUUUUCUCA